GCGGUCAGUGUUGCUGAAGGCAUCAUUACGGGUGGAUGUGUAUUUGUUAGCCUGGUAAAAUUUUACCUAGAAUGGCUGCUAAAGUUCCGUCUGUGAAGCUCAAUACAGGAGCAUCGAUGCCCAUUCUUGGGCUUGGGACCUGGCUGAGUAAAGAUGGAGAAGGCACUCAAGCAAUUAAAGAUGCAAUCGAUGUUGGUUAUCGUCACAUCGACGGUGCCUAUUUUUAUCUAAAUGAAGAAGAAAUCGGAGCUGGGAUCAAGGCCAAGAUCGACGAAGGAGUCGUCAAACGUGAGGAACUCUUCGUCGUGGACAAGUUGUGGAACACAUUCCAUCGCCGAGACCUGGUGGUGCCGAUGUUGAAAAAGACCCUCGCUCAACUCGGCCUCUCCUACAUUGAUCUCUACUUGAUGCACUGGCCGACGUCGUACAAAGAAGGAGACGAUUUUCUGCCGAAGGAUAAGGACGGAAAGGUCAUCCCGGGAACAGACAGCAUCCUUGAUACGUGGCGCGCCAUGGAGGAGUGCGUGAGGCUCGGACUUGCCAAAGCCAUCGGCGUGAGCAACUUCAAUAGAGAGCAAAUAGAGACGCUGCUCACCAACGGUACAACCGUACCGGCAUGCAACCAGGUGGAGAGUCACCCAUACCUGACUCAGACGAAGCUCAUCGAGUACUGCAAGAGUAAAGGCAUCGUGGUAGUUGCCUACAGUCCUCUAGGCUCUCCUGCUGGAAACUGGAAUACUCGAAAUGUUGCUCCGCUACUGGAGAACGAAACGAUUCGAAAAAUUGCUGAAAAGUACAAAAAAUCUGUGGGUCAGAUCCUCAUCAAGUUCCAGGUUCAGAGAGGCAUUGUCUGCAUCCCUAAGUCGUCCAAUAAAGACAGGAUUAAAUCAAACUUUGACAUCUUCGACUUCGAAAUGUCGCCUGAAGACAUGAGCACCUUGACAGGCUUGGACUGCAACCUGCGCUACGUUGAAAUGGGCAUAGAUGUCGAUCAUCCUGACUACCCUUUCAGAGCCGAGUUCUAAAUACACGCUGUUGGUCGGCAUUUAUCAUAAAAUUAUUGAAAAUGAGUAUCCGAAGACAAAAUAUUUCCGAAA